AUGAAUAUAGUUCUAUCAAAUGAUGGUAGUAUUCUAACUCCAAAUCUCCUCACCAACGCUUCAAGAUAUUCCACUCUUCUUCCGAGAAGAGUUAUAGUUCCAGUUACAUCAGUGACUAUAACCCAACCUGGGCAACCGACUAUUAUUCAAACCUCUCCAUCUUCUCAUCGAACACCUUUACCACAAGCUGGUCCUUCUUAUGACCUACCAAAUUUAUCUAGGUUUCCUUCAAGUGACGGAGAAGGAAAGCAACCACAAGAACUCGUUGAUCUUAUGGUUUCUCCUCAUGUAGUUAGAAACUCAAAUUCACCAUCUCCAUUUCAUCACAUACCAGUAGUAGGUCUUUCUCUACUGACAGUACCUAUAGAAGUUCUGAAAGAAAUAAUAGAGGGAGAAGGGAAUGUCCUGGAGGAAAUAUUUAUGUUUAUAGUGGAAAUAAUGGCGUGA